GAAUUAUUACUCCAUCUACGUCAUCCAGAUCACCACAUGCGUCUAUAGCUCGGACCGCAGACAGAAUAAUCCCUCUAGAUCAGGAGACGCAACUACCACUAAUAACAAGAAAAAAAGCCCGUAAAAAUGGCCGACUCAGCAGUCGAGCUCCUGCCCCUCGGGGCCAUCAUCCAGUCCCUCAAGGUCGGCGGCAUCAACAUCGUCCAGGGCUUCCCGACCGAGGACCUGUACCGCGAGCACAACGCCCCCUACUUCGGCGAGACCAUUGGGCGCGUGGCGAACCGCAUCAAGGACGCCAAGCUCGACUCGCUCAACGGGGGCAAGUCGUACACUCUGACCGCCAAUAACGGGCCCAACAACCUGCACGGCGGCGUCGUCGGCUGGGGUAAGCGCGUCUGGGACGGCCCCAAGCCCAUCGGAGUGCGCUCCAUCCCCGGGGUGGACGGGCUCGAGGGCGGCGAGGCCGUCGAAUUCACCCUGCUUAGCGAGGAUGGCGACGAGGGCUUCCCCGGCACCGUCAAGGCCACGACCGUCUACACGGCCGGAAAGCAAGUCGUCGAUGGCAAGGACGUCACUGUUCUCGGCAUCGAGUACGAGGCUGAGCUGAUCAGUGGUGCGGACGAGACCCCGAUUAACAUGACCAACCACUCCUACUUCAACCUGACCGGAGGCGAGUCCAUCGCCGGCACUGUCGUGGAGAUUGCCACAAACUCGUACCUUCCCGUCGACGACGGCGGCAUCCCCACGGGCGGCAUCAAGCCCUUCUCCAAGUUCGAGGGCAAGAAACCCUUUACCCUUGGCCCUGAAGAGCCCGACAUCGACGACUGCUUCAUCGCCAACGAGAAGCCCUCGUCAGUGCCUGUCGACACCCGGUCCCAGCCCCUGGUCCGCCACGUGCACACCAGCCACCCGGACUCGGGCAUCCACCUCGAGGUCCUCAGCACCGAGCCCGCCUUCCAGUUCUACACGGGCAAGUACAUCGAUGUGCCUCAGGUCGCCAGCCUGCCCGCCCGCAAGGCCCGCAGCGCCUUCUGCGUCGAACCCAGCCGCUACGUCAACGCCGUCAACGUCGACGAGUGGAAGUCCAUGAUGGUCCUGAAGAAGGGCGAGAAGUACGGGGCGAGGAUCGUGUACCGCGCAUGGAAGGAGUAGGAAUCUGAGAUGUGCGCAGGUGUGAACGAAAUUUGCCAUGAAUGCCAUGCAUUCGUCGCGUGGUUGGGUGGAGAGUCGAGGGCUGUGACAGUGGUUCGGGCUGAGCCCAGCCACCUUCCAACCGUGUGCUUUAAUCAUCAAUGGCUUCAUCCAUCUCGUCAUCUCCCGCUUCGUGAACAGGUUUGGCAGGGGCUUUGGCUUCUUGUUUCCUGAACAGA